AUGAAAUCCAUCAUUUCCCAAUUCGUUUGGGUGGCAGUGUUAAUUUAUGGCAGUUUGUUGGUGAUCAGUUCCCCCACCACCGAGGUCGAACACAAUGCCAUUAAUCAAAAAUACUAUCACUAUUUAAUGGAUAAUUUGGAUACGAGUAAUAGCCCCUGUUCACAAUUCUAUCCCUAUGUGUGUUCCAAAUGGCCGGCCAAACACAAAUCGAACAUUGACAACAAUAAUUCCGUGCAGAAGUUGUUGAGCUAUGAAAUUAAUAUGGAAAUAAAGGCAUAUUUGGAAAACCAGACACCUGUAAAGGAUAUGCCAGAACAUGUACAAAUGGUUAAGGACUUCUAUGUAUCCUGCAAGGAAAAUAAUAAUGUGAGUCUUGUGGAAUUUAUGCAGUGUUAUAUUCGUAACAAUAUGAAAUGGGCUUUGCUCACACCAAUUGAGAAUAAGGAUGAUGCCACCAUCGCCUUCGAUUGGCCCUCAACUAUGGCCAUAUUUCGUAAAUAUGAUUUCAAUGAUUUGCUUGUAGAACAAUGGACGGAUUCGAAGAAUAGCUUUAAUUAUGUAAAGAAAACCGAUAUCAGACAUUUGAUGAAGGCGAUAAAUCUACCAAAUGGUACCAUGGAGUUUCUAGACCUUUGGAAGCGUAUUGAUGGCUUUGAAUAUAAAUUUGGUGAAGUUGUUGCGAAUAGCGAAGAAGAGGAACAGACAUUGAAAUUCAAAGAUAUACCAUAUCCGUGGUUCAAAAAAUAUCUCAAGGCUGUAAUGGGAGGAGCAGGAGCAAAGGUUUCUGAUAUUGAUGAUAAUACGGAAUUCCGUAUUUCUAGCCUUUCCAGUAUGGAAGAUUUGGACAAACUACUCAAGGAAUAUGAUGAAGCAUUCCUUUGUCGUUAUUUGGAAGUUAGAUUUUUACUCUAUUUGGAAAAGAUCAAUGAACUUGAUGAAACUGAUGCCAAUAAAUGUGUGACUCUAGCCACAGGAUUACUUUCCUUAUCGGCGGAAUGGAUUUACAAAGAAUUGCAUCCUGAGUUAUUAGCUGAAAUUCCCACAAUUCAGCAAAUGUUUGACAAUAUUGUAAAGAAUGUCAACAAAACAUUACAAAUGGAUAAGGACGGACGUAGCAUAAUACCCCAGCAAUUCUUUAAUAAACUCGAUACGAUGACAGUGCAAGUAAGCCACGUACCUUUGGAAAAUAUCCAAGAAUUCUUCGAAACGGAUUAUGCAAAAUUUAAAUUAAAUUCCCACGAUUUUCAUGGUAAUUAUUUGCAAUUAUUGAAAUUCUAUUAUGAAACGGAAAUCAAAGACAACCGCAAUGACACCGAUAUAUUCUAUACAACACCAACAUAUUCCAUAAUGAAACUGGACCUUAUACCCAAAUAUGAUGAAGAUAUGAAUCGAAUUAUUCUACCAUUUAUGCUAUUGCGUCCACCAUUCUAUCAUCUUGCGUUUGAAGACAUUUUCAAGCAGAGUUCAUUGGCAACUCUAUUGGCUGAAGUCAUAUUUUAUGCCUUCGAUACAAAAGAUAGUGGUUUCAAUGCAACGGAUAUAGACAAUUUAGCCGAAAUUAUAAGUUUCCAUUCCACGUUUCAGAUCUUUUUCCAAUCACUUCAAACCGAUGACAUCUCCAGAUAUCUAUCGCUAUUCAAUUUGACUUCCCUGCAACAACUUAAACAAUUAUUCUUUAUCAAUGCGAUCCAUAUUCGUUGUGAAGUAGAUUAUGCGGAUGCGGAAAUUACUAAUUUUAUUCUAAUCCAAUUAUCGGAAUUUAAUGAUGCAUUUGAUU